AUGGGUGCUACUAACUCAAGAGCUGAAAAGAAUGAAGCUUUAUGUAUGUGUAAAGAAAGAAAACGGUUCAUCAAGGUGGCUAUUGAUUCUAGAUAUGAUUUAGCUGCUUCGCAUGUUUCUUACAUUCAAUCUCUUAGAAAUGUUGGUAUAGCUUUAAGAAGAUAUGCUGAAGCUGAGGUGCUUGUAGAGUCUUCUUUGUCGAUUUCUGAUAAAACCCCUUCUCAAACUAGUUACCCUUCUCCUUCAUCGCCGUUGAAUGUUGCUGAGGUUGAGGCUUCAGAUUCACCUUUGCAUAAUGAAAGUCCUUUUUCAACACCUGCUCCUUCUCUUAGUUACAUGAGAUCAAGUGGUAGUGGUUCUGUUACUGUUACAAUUGAUGCUUUUGGUAACAAGUACUUGGAUGAUGAAUCCAAUGUGGUUUCUUCUAUGCCUCCACCUCCUCCUCCACCUGAGUUAGGUGCAUCUUGGGAUUUCUUUGAUCCUGGUGAGGAUAGUGAGAGCUUUAGGUUUGUUGUGAAUGGUAGUGAGUUUAGAGAUUGCAAGGAUCAGUGGUUUCAACCUGGUUCAGAUGAUCAUUUGGUUGUUUCAAGGGGAGUCGAAGGUUGUGAACAAUUGAUUGAUGGAAAUGUGAGACAGUUAGAGGUGGUAACGGCACCAGGUAGCGCUGAUGAAGACAUAAAUCUUGAUGUGGCUGAAAAGGGUGGUGUUGGAAAAUCAUGUUCAAAGAAGGAGAAGAAGCAGAUGGAUGAGAACAAUGUGUGCACAGAAAGAGAGGAUCCUUCAGAGUUCAUCACUCAUAGAGCCAAAGAUUUUCUCUCCAGCAUAAAGGAUAUAGAGCAUAGGUUCAUUCGAGCUUCGGAAUCUGGUAGAGAUGUUUCAAGGCUGUUAGAGGCAAACAAAAUCAAAGUUGGAUUUUCUGAGGCAAAAGGGAAGUCAUCUACAAUGGCUUUGAUCACAUCCAUCCAGCCCGUUUGUUGCCGCAGAAAGACAUCACCUGUUUUCCAAGAACCUGUACAAAAAAUCAUAAGUUGGAAAAGGACAACAUCUUUUCAAUCAUCCUCAUCCAGGAACCCUUUGGCUUCAAGAUCAAGGGAAGAUAUUGAUGAUAGUGGUAGUGAUUUUGUUGAAGAAUUCUGCAUGAUUGCUGGAAGUCAUUCAUCCACCCUUGAUAGACUGUAUGCAUGGGAGCGAAAACUCUAUGAUGAAGUAAAGGCUAGUGAAUCCAUCAGGAAGGUCUAUGAUCGGAAAUGUCACCAGCUCAGGCAUCAAUUUGCAAAAGACCAAGGCACUCAUGUGAUAGACAAGACCAGGGCAGUUGUGAAGGAUUUGCAUUCGCGGAUAAGAGUGGCUAUUUAUUCAGUUGAUUCAAUAUCCAAAAGAAUUGAAAAAAUGAGGGAUGAAGAGUUGUAUCCACAACUUCUGGAAUUAACAGAAGGAUUGGUCAAGAUGUGGAAGGCUAUGCUUGAAUGUCAUCAUGCACAAUACAUCACCAUCUCCUUGGCAUAUCAUUCAAGGAACACAACAGGAACCUUGCAAGGAGAUGCACGCAGAGAAAUAAUGACUCGUCUGCUAGAAGAAAUUGAGUUAUUUGGUCUGAGUUUUGCAAACUGGAUUAACAGCCACACCUCAUACGUGGAAGCUCUCAAUGGAUGGUUGCAACAUUGUAUACUUCAACCGAGGGAGCGUUCCAGGAACAGAAGACCGUUCUCCCCUCGCAGAGCUUUGGCUCCGCCUAUAUUUGUUCUCUGUCGGGAUUGGUGUGCUGGGAUCAAUGCUUUACCCUCUGAGGAACUUAGUGAUGCAAUAAGAAACUUUUUAUCGGAUCUUCACAGUUUGAUGGAGCAGCAACACGAUGAUGAACUUCUUAAGAAGCAGGAUUCAGCUAAUGCAAGCACCCCAGAAAGUGAGAUCAAAACAAAUGAAGACAAUGGAGGUGAAUCUGCGGAUUUGUGUUGCAUACAUGCAAGUUUAACCAAGGUUCUUGAUCGGCUGACCAAAUAUUCUGAAGCAUCAUUGAAGAUGUAUGAGGAUAUCAGGCAGAAAAGCGAAGUGGCUCGAACAGCUUAUUAUAAUUGCAGAACUAUCAGGGGUGAAAAAUGUUAA